AUGAGCAGCAUGCGCUCAGUACAAGAAGCCAGAGGUCGAAAAGGACGCUCACGCUCGUUAUCAACAACCAAAGUAGUAAACCAACAACGCAUCCGUCGUGAGAACUCGCCAGUCAAUGACACUGCAUCCGUUCCUCAUAACAACGACGCGCUGACGGCUGAUACCUACAAUGCACAGGCUGUUCUCGGCCGUGUUGCCGAACUCGAGAAACGAGCAACGGGUCAUGAACAAGAGCUAUUCCAACCAAAAGAGGAACUGAAAUACAUGCGUGACCUAAUCAACGAGAAGCAACAACUUCGCUCUGACACGAGGAAAUUGUCACGAUCACCAGCGACUCAGUGCAUGCAAUACCCGCGGACGAAUGGGAAAAAGGCACGGCAGCAACAUCACCGUGAGGAACGUUUGCAACGGCAACUUGCUGCUCUCGACAAACAGCAGCAACGAAAGCAUAAUAUAACUCGCCAGCAACCAUCAACGCAGCAGCUGACAGCACCGACGCCGCGACUGACAACACGGCAUUCACAGUUAUGUAUAGGUCCUUACCACGCCGUACUCUCCAUACCGCAUAGCGAAAUCCGUCGCGCUUUGCGCCUACUAGGGGUUGCGCAAGAGAGAGUUAUAGACAUCCGCUUCCCUGCCCAUGGCGCCGAAGCUAAAACACUGCAUCAAGAACGGAUGUUUCCAAUGUACCUACGGAUGCCGAAGAAACCUCUGGCCAUCGCAAUCAUGCGGCACUUCACUACAGUACCAGAAGACCGUGAACACCUGUCAGAGGCUGAAGCCCGUCAAUUGCUAGGUGGUAGCGACAACGAUGACGAAGAGCCGGAACUCAUGCAAGAAUAA